AUGAGCAGCAUGUACGAGCGAGCGUUUCAACGCGGGUCGGUCGUCUACAGCUUCAAUACCGACGAUACAUUCCCAGACUGUAAGUUCCUACGUCGGUAUCGGUGCGUCAAGACCGCAAGCUUCGCUCGACCUCGUUUGGCUCUGUUUGAUACCGACGAUCGCUGGUGUUUCCUCGAAGAGUUCGCUCCAUUAACAAGAGGCUCACCGUCGUCCGUAAACGGGUUCACAAUCUCGCAGCGCUCACUACAGUCAGAUGCACUUCCACGAACAGUACGACCACCUAACGAACUCGUUCGACACAGCCACAGUCUUGGCUUUAAGCGUUCCGACAAGCGCAUUCACCAGGUCGUUGGUCUAUCGAUUGGUUACUUGGUUGAAACGAUCUGUGAACGUCGUCCUGCAGCGGUACGGAUCGUGCUUUACGGCUGCUGUUCUGGUGGAGACGUGGAGUUUAACAUCACUCGAAGGAGAAUGAUGCGACUCUCACACGGUGUGCUCAAACUGCCAGCAAUCGUGCGUCGUCGUCGGAUGAGCGCUCAAGUACCGGCUGAUGUGUGGUCGAUCACGAGACAGACAUCGACAGCUUCAGUCUCCUCGAGAUGCGUGAGCUGUUCGCGAGCACUCCAUUGGUUGCUUAUGGUCAAGAAAAGUCGCUGUUACUUGUGUGCACAUUUCGUGUGUUCUCGUUGCUGGAUCCGACAGCCUCUAGAAGCCACAAGUGGCCGUACAAUCUCCGUCAUCAUGUGCUCGAACUGCUUGCACAGCGUUCAGAACUGCAACUACGCUCACCUCGCAGCGUCUUCAAUGUCUGACCAUGAACGUGGCAGUAGCAUGAGCACUUUAAGUCCCCGUUCGGUCGCUGGUGCAGAAGUUUACUACCACACGACACAGGUGUCACCAGAUGCCGACGAUGCUCCCAACCCAGGACACGCUGUGGUGUCGUAUCUCGAAGAUAUCGUCAGUGACAAAGCAGAACACUCUUCAACAACUAUAAGCUUGAGGUCCCAGACUGCCGUCAGUGUUCUCAAACAGCUCGUCUGUACACUUGACGAAGGAGUCAACCGGGUGCAUCAUUCCUUGAAUGAAAGUCCGGAAGAUCCAGGGUUUGAGCCCUCGUCUGCACUGCAAAGACUCCGUGCUCAAUUCCAACGAGAAGCUUUGCCUCUGGAGGCCUGCGUGCUCUCCAACGCUGUAACUCGUGCAUAUCCCAUCGACACGUCAGGUGGUAGCGCAGGUGUACCUGUCGUUCCAGUGGGUCCCAUUCCUCCGAAUGAAGCCAAUCGGAUCCAAUCUAUUGUCCAGGACCAAUUGUUGCUUGCCAGAGGCUCCGACGAACUCGUUCUUAUCUGCGAGUUAGCCGCGCGUGAACUGAAUUGCAAGGCUGCACUGGUGACUAUAGUCGGGAGUACGACGCAGUUCGUAUUGGCCAGCAACGCUCCAAUCUUCCAAAACACAGAGCUACCUAGAGAACACACAUUGUGUCAGCAUCUGCUAAUGGGCGACAGACCGAUGCUCGUUCAGCAUCCGGAGGCUGACAUCCGCUUCUGCAACUUGAACUUUGUAGCCGACUAUGGCAUCCAGUUUUACGCCGGCUUUCCCAUUUUCAGUCGCGACGAGCUCUCAGUGGUAGGAUCACUGUGUUGCCUCGAUGUUCGCUCACGAGAGAUGGCGCAGUCGCAAUACUCCACAUUCUUGCAUCUUACCAGGACAGCGUCACGUAUCAUUGUCGAAAAAUGUAGCCAAGCUAGCACUUUCACUGUAAGUGUGCUCCAACCGCAACAGCAGCGCAGGUAA